GAAUGUCUUUAUGAGAAAUAUGUCUCUGACUAUGUAUAUAAGAAGCUGCUCAGACGUUAUUCUGGACACAACAGCUCUGAGAUCUUCAAGCUCUACAGAACUUCUACAGAUUCUUUCUGUGAUUGUGAAGAAACAUCUUGAAGAAUGAGAAGCCUGAUCUCUGUGCUGUUCCUGGUGAUCUUCUGCUCUGUGCAGAUGACUUCAAGCGCUACCAUGGCACUUGAUGGGGCACACUCAAAGUGCUGUGGAGAGCUCUCUAAGGUGAAGAUUCCUGUGAAGCUGGUGGCGUCUUAUUACUGGACCAGCAGCAGCUGUCCCAGACAAGCUAUUGUGUUUCAGACAAAAGCAGGGAGAGAGUUCUGUGUAGAUCCAGAGACCACCUGGGUGAGCGGCCAUAUUGAUAAAGUGGUCAAAAGAACAACAAAUGCUACAACAACAACUGCUGCUGCAUCAACAACUGCUACAAAAACACAAACUCAGUCUCACAGUCUAAAAGAAGCUACACUAUUUUUUAUUUAAAAUGUGCAUUUCAUAUUGUAUAUUUGAACCUUGUGCUAUUUCCAGUGUGUAUAUAAAAUAUUUUAUUUAAAGAAAAA